AUGUUGAGUCUGAUAACCGACCCCAACUGUCUGUAUUGCCGUGUAGCGCGCUUCAAGUACGAGCCUGGUGUCGAUUUAUCCUCAUUCCGCCAGCUUCUGAACUUCACCUGGAAGGGCCUUCGUCCCGUUCAUAUGCAACCUCUUUCCGUCGUCCUGCAGAACAAUUCGGCGCAUCUUAAGAGGCUGGAAUUGAAUUUUGUCAACUUGCUCGAAAUCUUUAGCGUUAAUGACAGCCUUGGUCAUGACGACAGCGACGCCAGCAACUCUAGUGAUGACCAAGAUGACGGAAUGUUUAACACUUCCAGCAACACCGGCGACGUUGAAGAUGAGACAAUGCGCAGGAUGAAAAAGCCGAGUUUCUUUGCUUCCACCGUUCUUGGAGUGGACCCAAACUCCCCAGCCCUGCUGUUCCCAAAAAUCCGCGUCUUGUCCCUCUCUCUGGUACCCUUGACAGCAAGUAUGGCUCUCGUAUUCAAUUUCGACACGCUCGUCUCACUAAAGCUGCGAUUUUGCCCCCAUUGGGAUGCCUUCAUCAAGAGCGUUUUGAAGCUCAACCUCCCGAUCAAGCUGAGGACACUCGAGAUACAGGACGAUGACAACGAGGAUAUUAUUCUCGAUUUGGUCGACGCCUUUGAGGAACUUGAAGAGCUCUUUUUGUCUCAUGCAGGACCAGUCUCAGCACUUCGGCUUUGGGAAAUCCUCGCUCGUCUUCAUACUACUCUCAGGAGACUUGUCUGUCACCAAAGGACCAUCAGGCUGGAGCAGGAUCCACCAGGGUUAUGUGAUUUGGCGGAUCUAAGCAUCUAUGGACGGGACAUGCGCCGAAUAAAGAAAGAUCCCUCACAGAAUCCUCUUGCAGAGCUUGACCUUGAGUUUAUUGGCCUGGCUUGUAUCCCAGGGCGUAUGAAAUACAUCCUGCUCCCCUUCACAUCCAAGACCUCAUUGAAGGCAAUUCACAUCCGCCAAACCAUGUCAGAUGUCAGCAACUUCGGCUCUUGGGCGCUCGUCGAAAUCUUGGCACCAUCGAUUUCUCGCGCAAACAGCGAUGCCUCAUCCGACUCGGACUUGACUACCUACACGGAAGACUCAGAUCCUGGACCCGAUUGGGACUUGGAUUUUACGCAGCGCGAACCCGAACUACGCAACGAAUUCCGCCACUUUGCCGAAUGGGCCUUCGGACCGGAUGGGAUCCCAUCACUGGACAUCAUCGCCUUCGGAGAUUUAGCUUACGGUGGUUGGGAGAACAGCCGCAAUGUCCUUCUCGGGAGAAACACGAGUGGGACGAGCAACUUUCGGAUGCUUGACGCGAAGGCAGGGGAAUGGAAAGAUGCCCUCGACAAGUAUCAUGUUGUGAUGGGAGCCUGUCCCGUAGGGCACCUUUUUACGUUUUGA